GUAUCUUCUCCGAUUAACCGCUGCCUGCUUUGACAGCGAGAACGUCAGUACUCAGCGGGAGGCGCGGACAGCGAGGCUGUGAAUAUGCAGAUACUGUUGCUGCUUGUAUUGUUAGCAGUGUCCAUUGGUGGCACAAAUUCUGCACGUAUCCUGGGUUUGUUUCCUUACCCUGGCAAAAGUCAUUUUAUCAUGUUUGAAGCAUUAAUGAAAGGACUUGCAUUUAGAGGACAUGAAGUGAUCGUGUACAGUCAUUUCCCACAGAAAACACCAAUACCAAACUACAUAGACGUCAGUCUGGUUGGGUCUGUUCCAACAGUAGUUGAUGCAAUUAAAUUAGAAGAUUCAUUUGGCUCAGGUUUUUCAACAGUUUUCAAGCUGAAAGAAAUGGCAAUGACAAACUGUGAAAAUGUUUUAGCAUUUCCACCGGUACAAAAGCUUAUAAGCUCAAAGGAGAAUUUUGAUUUAAUUUUCACAGAAGCAUUUAAUACAGAUUGCAUGUUACCAUUCGUUUACAAAUUUCAGGCACCGCACAUUGCUCUCUGCUCACAUAUACCUAUGCCUUGGCUUGGUGACCGUUUUGGAAAUCCAGAUAACCCUUCUUACAUACCAAACCAUUUUCUGCCCCACAGUGAUCAGAUGGACCUUCCUGAGCGUUUCAAGAAUACAGUAUACUCUGAACUGCAGAAGUGGUACUAUUACAGAUACAUGGAACAACCUACACAUGCAAUAGCUGCUAAAUACUUUGGGGAAUCACUUCCUCCUUUGCAUGAAAUCGCAAAAAAUACUAGCCUCCUUAUUAUCAACACAAGUCCUGUCCUUAACCUUCCUAGGCCUCAGGUACCAGCUGUCAUUGAAGUUGGAGGGAUACAUAUCCGACCUGCCAAGAAAUUGCCAAAGGUUAGUAGUGUUAUGUUCUUCUAA